ACUUUAAGAUUAUUGAAUUCAUUAUUCAAGUCCUCGCUAUUCUUGUUUAGCAUGUUAUUCAGUGACUAGUACGAAUUGGUUACGGUUUUGUAGGACGAGGUCUACAAUAAUUUUUUUCUAAGUAAAGGUUUUUCUAGUAAGGACGCAAUAGUUUAUAGAAAAAUAACUUACACGUAGGAAUAGUUUAAACGCCUCAAUAUACAAAUAUGAGAAGCGAAUGACAAGCAAAGUAUAAUCAGACGUUAGGCGGUCACCUUAAUUACAUAAAGGAUCUUAUACAAUUACCAUACCUAUCCAAUUUGUCAAAGGCAGUAGAACUAAGACAAGUUGUGGUAAUUAUCUUGUGGUUCUAGAAUAGCAGUCAUUCUGUGUCAAAUAGGUAUUCAACGGCAUCUGGUUUAACUGGCAGACGACCACAACUUGGCUGGAGUCCAGACUGAGAUGAUAAUGAGCAUUAAGUAAUUCUAAGAACGGGCCACGUUAUCUCUUCUCACGUGUGUAGCGAACAAUGAAAGACAAUGGCCGUCUUGGCAUUAAUUGAAAUGGCGUUUAACUAAAGCUAUAAUAUAGCUGACUAAAAUAUUGUAAAAUAUUGUUUCGCUAUUUUGUGUAAGUUUCUUGUUAGUUUUUUUUAAUUUAAGCAUUUAGAAUUAUUGUAUCAACGUCUAUAUCCCCAAUGCGUGUUUUAGCUGAUAAGCAAUUUUCCAGGAAUAGGUGCUUAGUUGUGUGGGAGUCUUCAAAGCGCUAGUCCUUUAAUGUAUUACAAGGCGGAAGCCUGUGUAACAUUGUUGUUUACAUUUCAUAUACGUCAUACUCACUGAUCUCCAUUAAAUCGUUCACCGGAGCGGAAUAGACUUUUAACAAAUGAAGUGUGCGCGACAGCAAACGUUGUGUUUGGGGAUGAAUUCACACCAGGGUAUCUUCUUGGCGAUGCUAUGCACCAUCACACUCAGUUCAGCUCACAUCGGGGGCGGAACCCUGGCGCUGCAAGAAGCGAACCAACACGUGUACUGCGGCAGGUCCCUGGCGAGGGCCCUGGCCUUCCUAUGCUAUGAGGAGAAAGGAAGUGGGGAGAGCAAGCGAUCUGACUCCGGAACUAUGUACAAUUCAAUUCUGUCUCCAUACUACAAGGACCAGGGUGACGUGUACGGCUGGUCAUGGAUGGCUGCUCAGAAGGCCAGGAGUAUGUCCUUACCAUCCAGGGGCAAGAGGUUCGUGGUCAACGAGUGCUGUGACAAGGCUUGCAGUGUCAGCGAGCUACUGUCUUAUUGUUAAAGGAGAUUGUAUGCUUAGGGUUAAUGACUAGGAAAUACUGUUAUACAGAAUAUGUAUGAUUUAAAGUGAAACCAAGACAGUAAAAUUUGAGAACGUAUUACACCAGCUCUCCUUUUUAAAAAAGCUAUUAAAAUAUUUCACUCACCUUAAAAAAAUAUGAUAAAAUUAUUUAAAGUAUAGUACACCUUAACAAAAAGGAUACAACUUGGUAUGAUAAAUCUGUAUUUAAUUUCGUUACAGCAAAAAACGUUUACGAACUUUUUUGUUUCACUUUUCUCUUAUUUUUUAUUCACUCCCUUUCAUACUUUUAUGUCAGUAUUGUACCGUGAACUCCAUUUUAAUUUCCACGUUUAAAUAAUAAAUGUGGUAGGUAUGUUGGCAACACAGGGAAGAGCACUAUCUUUCUAUAUUAUUAUUUCAUCUCGAUGGAUGAACAUAAAUCAUUAUAAAACGGGUAAUCCCCAGGUAGACGAUCGUUGCUCAGACACUCAUUUAUGUGGACUUUAUAUUUUUUAUAGUAGAUUAAUGUUAUUUAUGAGUAAAUAUAUUUCAGAGAUAAUAAAU